CCCAAACAGCUGUCGCUCACCGCGUGCUGAGGAAUUUGCAUACAUAGACAGAAUUCCUAAAAGUUAAAGCGAAAGCUCGCUUUAAAUAGCCCUUCCACAAACAUUUUUACACUAUGAGCAUGUCUUAGAGUCUCACACGAAACAAAUUACUAUGUCCGCGACUUCAAGCUGAAUAAAUUUUCUACGCGGCUUACGCGAUGAAACAAUGAGCCAAAUUGAAGGACAAUAGAACAGAUCUGAAGCACGUUUGUUGACGGUCCGUCAAAUCCGCUAAUUGUUUCAAGGACAAGUCGGGGCGAGUUGACGUUGCGGGUCCCUUAUCACAUCGAACCACGCGGGUCUGAGAGAAGACAUCGCAUUUCAACACGACCGUUUACUCUUGGACGUACGUGGACGUAUUAUUUCGUCCAUGGGAAUUAAACGGAUCAGCGGAAACUUUUAAGGGCAAUUAUUGAGGUGAGAAAAUAACGUUGUUUUUAAAAGAUCUAACUGUGUUGUUCUUCGGAAGCAAGAGGAACGUUUGUCGGCAAAUACUGGAGCCGUCUAUCCUUCAGGAAGACAUAACAUUUUUGAGCUGUCGUGUCGGAUGGGAAGAGACAAGCUCUUGUUGCCUGUAAAUUCAGCAGAAAACGUCUUCCGAUGUAGGUAAAUGAUAAGCCAUGACUAUUUGAUGAGUUCUUUAUUGAUUUUGGGAGGGCAAAAUGACGCUAUUUGAGUGAGAGAGGCCCGAAAGUUUUGUUGAAGUUUCAGACCACACACCGCAUUGACAACGAAAGCCCAUUUCACUGUUUUUGUGCCUAACCUUUUUCAUUUCACUGUUUAUACAUUAACUGCUGAUAAAAAUGCAAGUAAUAAUUCAGGUACAAAUGUUUCCGACUAUUAACGCAAAAGUUACGUUAACGCACUAUAAAACAACGAAUACCAUUGGGGCUUAUCAGUGUUGGUUACAAAUCACAACAUAAAAUUUACUAGUACAGUUUGAACACCACAAAUCCGAUUACACUGCAUUUUGGUUAGUUGUUUAGUUUGUUUGGAAAAUGCUGAUUUUUUUUAUAAAGUAUGUGGAUAACAAUCGAAACACCGAUAUUUAGUCGAAGGAGAUUCAAAGGCAUUCUUUAUCAAAACAUGGCUGCAGAAAGUAUCAAAGAGUGUUUCUGUCUUUUUUAUAAUACGGUAAUCGCUUUCAUUCGCACUUUUACAGAAUGCCCGAGCGAAAAAAACGAAUGAAGUUAUUCAUUGAAUUUCGAAAAUCUAUUUUAUGUCACGGAAUCGAUGGGGUAUUUGAUCAAAAUUAUUCUCUAGACUCUAUUUUUGAAUCUCCCUAAUUCGUCUUUAAUGGCAAUGUUGACGUCUUUAAUCUUGAACUUGACAAGUUGAGGUUCCAAAUUUUGUGUUUGUUACCCCCCAAAUAAAUCCUGUAAUAUUUCCGUCUUUUUCAUUAGCUGCAAACACAGUGAACUUUGUUGAAAUGGAGGUACUUAAGUGUACUUAAUUGUAUAGCAAUUAUGUGAAGUUAUUACAUGUUAGAACCUGUUAAAAGUUGGACUCAGUGCACUCCAGACUCGAAUAUUCGUGUAACUGGUUAAAUGUAUAUUCUGCCAUUCACUAUGUUUUUUUCUUCAAUCUUUUAACUGUAACUUGUCCAUUAGUAUGGAGUGUAGUGUAGACUGAAAGAAAGUAAUCGUCCAAAUUGACACAUGGUUUUUAAUACCAUGUGUUAAUUUGGACGAUUACUUUUUUUUAAAAAACCAGUUUUAAAGUAGUGAAUUCGUACUUAAAUUACCUGUUGUUUCAUGUCCUGCCCUAUUACUGUAAACACCUUAUAAGCUUCUGUUCAAAAAUUACUAGUUCUUUCCGUUCUAGUCAAAGUUAGACAGAAAGAGGUGGUUGAUUUUCGUCAAUGUCGAUAAUAUAAAAAACUCUAACUUAAAUCCAAGUGGGAAAUUUUAAUUCAGUUAAUAAAUGAUACAUCAAAGCGAUCGUGAUUGAUUGCGGGUUUCAAUUCGUCUUUCACCUGGGUAUAUUUUAUGAUACCACAAUACUUACUUAGUAUUUUAUUACACAAUAGAUUAUUCUCUGUCAAUUCACCAUUAUGUCGAAUUUCUUUGAACAGUUUGUUCACUAAGUAGACUUCACUUCAACUGACAGUCCAACAGUUUGCGGUCCUGUGUCCUUGCACAAAGGACCCGUUCAAUGUUGCCUAUGCAUUGGCUUCCACCGUAUGACAGUACGGGGUUAUUCACGGCAACCUUCAUAUCUCUUAUGCAUCCCCAACCAUAUUCAUUCUUCUUCUGCAUCAAUGGCAGUUUCCCACAUUUUACCUAUAGCUCAUUAAUUUCGGUACGAUUUUCUCCGGUUCUUUGCCAUCUUGAACAUUUGGGAGUGACAUUCAUGGAGUUCACCUCCCUUCUGAAUUGACCCUGUGACAGAGUUCUUGUCUCCGCCCUUGCAUAGAGUAGUAUUAUUUCUACUGCCAAGUAGGAGAGUUUUCAUUACAGUUUCUUUGACGUGUUCAAUUUUUACAUCAUUUCCAUUCUAUGUAGUGUUUACCAGACUUAAUCAAAGCAAGAGUCUUUCUGGAGAGUGCUCCUUUGUUUACGUGACCAAAAACUCAACUGGCAACUACAUUUCAGGAUGCUUUAACUGUCCUUUUUUGGGGGGGAGGGGGGGGAGUGACAUUCAUGGAGUUUCAUCUCCCUUUUGCAUUGACCCUACAGGGUUCGUUCCCCUCCCCUCCCCUCCUGCCUACAGUAGUAUUUGUUGAUUAGGAGAGUUUUCAUUACAGUUUGUUUAACAACAUUUUUACGUCUUCUCCACUCUAUGUAGUGUUCCUACUUAAUCAUUCAGUGUAUGCUCUUUGGAGCAAGAGUCCUUCUGAGGAGAGCUCCUUUGUUUACGUGACCACUUCUGACCGUGUAGGAAGUUUGUAAAUUUGAUAGUUAUCUCAACUAGAACCGUCAUUUCAAGAUGCGUGAGCAGCUUUUUUUUCUUUUGGGAGUGACAUUCAUGGAGUUUCACCUCCGUUUUGCAUUGACCCUGCAGAGCUCUUGUUUCCGCCCAUGCAUACAGUUGUAUUAGUUCCAUUGUCGAGUAGGAGAGUUUUCAUCAAGUUUCUCUGACAUCUUUAAUUUCAGUACAUUACUUUUAUUGUAUGCAUUGUUCACUAGGUUUGCAUGGGCAAUGUAUAUGUACACUCCUUGGAGCAAGAGUCCUUCUGAGAUGGGGCUCCACUGUUUACGUGACCGCAACUGACCAUACAGGAUGUUGAAAAUUUUGAUAGUGGCGCAAAUAAACCGCUCAUUUCAAGGUGCUAAAAGCUGUUUUUGUUUUCAGAACGAGAUUUUAAGGCACCCUUAGCUACGCGUCGUUCGCUGUUUUUAAGCUUCAACUUACGUCUCAAAGAUAUGAUGUCAUGAUAGACAAGAUAGCGAGAGUGUGCCUUUUUCAAAUGCGUUGUAUGUACAAAAAAAUUGCCAAGACUUUCUUUAACGAUGGACUGAAGAUAAUGUUCUUUAUUUAAAGGAGAAAAAAGGCUGCGUGUUGACACGAAAACGAUGCAUAGUUAGCACUGUACAACAACAAAACGUAGUUUUAAUUGUUUUCUUUAGGAUAUCUCUUGUGGGAUCACAACUGAUGUUACUGGCAGACUCACGGGCGCCAUUUUCAGAUAACUAAAACACGUACUCUACAUGCACUCUAAAUUUACCCUGAAAUCAAAAAGUUUAUCAGCUGUUUCUUCAUGCUUUCACUGUCAUAUGAAAUCAGUGCCAUAUCCAUAAUGCCAAUUUGAUCAGAUCGUGAAUAAUAAAAAUGACUCUUGUUGCUUUCUGCCCGCAGAGAAGGUCAUAGAUAAACGUAAAGGAGAAAUUUUUGCUUAGGGAAGAAAUUUAAUUGUAUGUAUGUAGUACCAUGGCGGAUAAUGGUGCAAAACUUCGCAAUAUUUCAUUCACAGCUUUAUACAAUGAAGCUACUCUUUUCUGGUCAAAAGUUUAAUUAGGAGAGAUAUUUAAGUUCAAGUUUCUUAGACGUAAGCCCUUGUAAAAUUGUUAAAUGUACCUUUUUCCUGAUAAUAAUCUGUUUAGCCACUCAGUUUAUCUCAAGUCGGAUUAAGUUCAAAUCUCGAUUUCCGGAUAGUUCGCAUUUUCUACGCUUGAUCUGCGUACGUUUCAGUCACGCAAGUUAGAUAAACAGCCAGAGACACUGCACUGUUGUCCGGCACUUGUACUUAACGUCUGUCUAAAACAGGUGUCCGCUUCACAGGGAAUCAAGGAACUUAAGAACUGCGGGGACCAGCAGACCAGUUCUUGCAGGGUAUCCUUUUUGGGGAGUUGUCCGUCGAGAGAGGACUUGAUUGUAGUCGUUGGUAAGAAAAAGGCUCUAAGAAUCUCCAGGAAUCCCCUAAGGCAAAGGCGAUGGGAGCCUCAAAAAUGCUGCCCAAACCCCGGCACUGGAGGGUGUUCGAAAGCGUAAAAAAAAAUUAUCUGCAUCAUCUUCACUCUUCGAACAAGAUGAUUUCCAUAUUAUUGAAAAUACUGAAGGCAGAUUUUUAAUCAUCCCCCCCCGCCACCCCCGGCCAGAAAAAAAGGAAAGAAGCAGGGGAAAAAGUCUAUAAAAUGAAAUGAAAUGAAAAAGUGAUGAUAAUGACGAUGACCAUCAAUCAUGACCGCCAACAGAAUUCACGCCAUUUUAAACUGUUAAAAAGACAGUUGUAUUCUGUGUGUAAAUAAUUUUUUUACUUUUAUUGGAACAAAAAAAGAUUUUUGUGGCCUGUUCUGACAGCAUGGUCAAGUUCACAUUUUUCACGUUUAAAGCAGGGCAAGCGGAUUUUAGCAUGCAAACAAAGGUGGCGUUCUAUUUAGGGUUACUAACAUUCUUAGAAAGAAAACUAUCACACACAACAUGACCUUAGUGUUAUUGGAGGUCAACAAUGAACAAAGAUUUUUUGAAUUUCCUCGUUAUGGUUAGUUUUAAGAUGCCUACUAGUAGAAAGACCAUUUGGCAAGAUUUAACGUGGUAGACAAGAUAACUAGAAGCCAGCGUUUAGUUUGAGUUGCAAAUCACAGUGAAAUUAUUUAUGUUAACAGUAUCAACAAGAUUGCGUGCUUAAUUUUCAAUAAUGUUGUCUUUCAACUACAGCCUUUCAACUGGGCGACGACAAAUAGCGAUCACUUAAUUUUGCUAGAGUGCUUGAUGAAAUGUAUAGGUCUUUAUUAAAAUAAAUUGGCUGGCUUUUUGCUCGCCAAUUGACCUGGUAAGGGCGUAGAGAUAUUACACUUCGUCAUACUUGUUUUCUCAUGUCUUGAUCACAGUGCAGUGCUCGUGUCAUCCUAUGUAAGGGAUUCCGGAAUCCGAAAAAUUUUUGCUUGUGGAAUCCAGAAUCCGGAAUACAGGCUACACUAAGUGUCCGUCUUAGAAAGAUGUAUAGAAAGGCAAGGACCAACUCUAGGUGUCCGUUUUACAGAGGUGUCCGUCAAAAGAGAGUCGACUGUACAGCUGUAGGAAUCCGGAAUCCAAGUUCCACCGUCAAAGAUCUGGAAUCCAGCACCUUAAAUCCGGAAUCCACGGCGUGGUAUCCAGAAUCCAAGACUGUUUUUGGUUUCCUUACAUGGGGGUUUUCGUGACCUCUAGAGCGUGUAGGUCUUUAUUCAGUUUCUCACUCCAUAACACCUACAUAAUUACCUUCAUUUUCCCAAAUUAGCCUGAACAGCUUCUUUGGAAUCGUUAAGUAUGUGGAGACCUCCGUCUGAUUGACGAUGCGAUAUUGUCGCGAAAUGAUAUGGAUACUGUUCCAGAGAACUCGGGACAGUGCAAUGCCCAUAGUGUAGUCCAUGCAUUGUGACUGUCAGAGAAAAAAAUGCUGCCUAUUCUAACUCCGUGUGUGGAAUCUAUUUAGCGGCCAAUUCAGGGGACAAUACGGUGCUCCACUGACAGCGUUCUGAGCUCGACCUUGAAACUUUAUUUUGUCCCCAGGACUCUGAUAUACAACUGGCGGCUAGAAAGAAUAGAAGAUUGACUGUAUGAUGUACUUUAUGUACCAUAGUCUGAAUAUCCUGACAUAAAUGGACAGUCUUGUUAUACCACAAUUGCUGAAUACUAUCCCAUAUGAGAUGCUUUUAAUAAGCCUGUGUACAGACGUUCCCUCCCCUAAAAAAAAAUCGGAGAGCGGGGGCGGUGUCUGUACACAUGCUACUUUAAUAAAAGGCUUAGUGACCUUGGAGAGGGUGUACUGUGACUGUCAAAACUGUCGCAUGAUUUCUUAACUUCUGUUUCAAAAUGUAGGUUCCUCUGACUGUCCUGCGCAGAAAACAAACUUUCGAUCUAGUCUUUACUCUUUGGGUUAAAAGUGCUCUACAAACUUGACUUUUCACUUCCGUUUAUUUCGUUUUCUUUUUUCGUUUAUCGUUUUUGUUACCUUUUGCUGGCUAGUUUAGGUUUUAAUUCCUGUGAGAAAAUUAUCCGGGAAAACUCUUAUCGUCUGGAAAAUAUUGUAGAGGAUGUACAAGUGGGUAGAUUUUUCUUGCACGCAAGUUAAACCCCACACCGAUGACGUUUCAAUAUUGUCUCGCUCGAUAAGCUCGUUAAUGGGUUAAUCAACAGUCUUAAAACAUUCACAUUUUUCAAAUUUAUUGAAAAAUUAAUAUUUUGGGUCAGCGAUUAAAUGAAUCUACAUGCUCCAGAUAACAACCGUACCUUGCUCUAUGCAAGUUGCUAAGCAAUGUAUAUUUUGUUGUCGUUUGUUGUGCAUUAGUUCUCUUUUUCAUUUCUUUUAUAGUCCAAAAAUAUUUGCCUCCGUGUGAAGGGAUUAUAUCUGCCACGUUCCUUUAGUCGUCGACUAUCGUUAAACGUACGUUGAUGCGAAUAGCCUUUAAAUGUGAGAAAGACAUUUUUAAGACUUCCCUUGAUGAGGCUUAAAGAGAGUUUUCUCGCCUUUCUUAUAUUCCUUCAAGUGGUUCAAGCAAACACAAUUAGUUCUUGUACUUGAAAGUUAUCUUGUUUUCAGGUGACAUGUCUGUUGGAUCUAAAAAUAGUCGUUGCUAUCUUGCCCUUUUGUAUUAGAAAAUGAACAGUCUGACAUGACCUAUUGAGUUUAUACUGGGCGUGUGUAUUUUGAAAGCAAAUGCAAAUCUAGCCAAUAUACGGAAGGCUUGAGAGUUCAAAAGAGAUCGGCCCAUCGAUUGUUGUUCCUGAAUUCUUUAGAUAAUAUUUAUGUUGGCGUAGCGUAAAUGUUACGAGGAAAGAUGAACAAACACCUUUACUAUCUCUAAGGUGUAAGGAACAUGUUGGAAACUUGUUUUGGAUGCGAGCAAGGCCUAAAAUUGGGCAGCUCUUCUGGCCAAGAAAAAACGAUCGGCAAAAUCUCUACCGUACAGCUUCAUAAUAGGUAAAACCUUAAUUAUUUUACUUACAGACACGAUAAUCCCCUCUGCCGAUUUACGCGAGUGGCAGUGUUUUGAAAGUGUGGCGUUAAAACUCGUGAGUAGCACUGACCUUUCAAACAGCUCACUCAACGUAAGAGUGAAGUAUAAAAGAGAGAUUAUAAGGGACUUUGUAUUGCUCAAACUACAAGUGCUUCGUGAAAGAAAUUUAGACUUAAAUUAAAUGUCCGAAGAAGUUCGUUUGGUAUUCUACUUUAGUUAUUUUGCUAGUCAAUGCAUGUAUUUAACGUAUUUAACUUUAAACGUAAUCCUUAGUAAUGAUCUCCAUCAGUUUCUCGUAUGACAUCAACGCUUUUAAUUAAAAAUUUCCGGUAAACGCUUUUAAUUAAAAUUAAUCAGAAUUCAGGAAACCAUCACCCACAAAGAGUUCUUUAACAGUGUCAACUUCUCCGAACUCACGCUAAAAGAAAUGAAGGGCACAAGACAGGAGAAUUCACAUUUUGAUACUGGUAGUUGUCGCCGCGGAAGGCCUAAGUCGACUUAAAAUUCCCAAUUGACUAGAAUAACAGCUAGACUUUUCAUAAGCAAAAACACCUGGCUUAAACUUUGUUAGCAUCGAUCGAAGAGACGUUGGGUGGCGUCUUUUGUUGACGUCGGGAUGAAAUUGUCUCGUUUGCGCACGAAAGGUCAUCCUGUAAAUGGAGUGAUGCGUUUUCUGUUGAAAAGUAUUUCGAAGACUCUUGAAAUAUUUCAAUAAAAAGUAAAGUUUUCAAAAAGGUCGCGGUUGGGUUGGCUUGGCUGUUAAGUAAGAGCCAAGAGAGUCUGCGGAGUGGGAUAUGUUGCGGGGAGAAAUCAAGGUGGAAGGUAUAUUAAAAACUGCCCUGCAACAGCGGUUCCGUUCAUUGUGAGUGGCCUUAGUAUUCAGUAUCCUCAAGGUCGAUAGAUACUUUGAGAUUCAUUGAUAUUUCAAUACGUUUAAGUUAGUUUUAACGUAAUGUGACAGGACUAUUUUUUCCUUUUCCCGCGCAAAAAGAAGAAAUUGAAAGAGACAGCGCUCCAGAAAAACUCGCUUCGAGUGUUAUGAAUAUCGUAACUUCUUGUGGAAAGUCAUUCACUUAACCGAAAUCACGUUUUGUUUACCUUACAAACACAAUGCAUUUGUUACCGAAGGUCGAUGUAAAACGUAUCUUGAUGAUCAACAAGGUUGGAAAAAUCACCUUCAACGCACAAUUCUUUAGUUUAACAGUAGAGGAGAACAACAAAAUAUUAGUGGACAAAGAAAACUGGAAGUUUUUCUCAAGUUCAUUGAGCAACUAAGAAGAAGCCAUUAGCUAGUGAUUGAUCACUAGUUGUUAAUUGAAAUAAGUUUACAUUCAUUGCAUGUGGUUACAAUUACCUUGCUUGUUUUUAUUGUUUCUUGUGUAAACUUUGCGAUUGUCCCUUCAAAGGCCAAACACAUUUAAUUACUGCAAGUUUCAAAAAAGGUAAAUAGAGCAGGGCUAAAAAAUAGAGUCCCUAAAUGUCAUUUCUGAGUCGUUUGGCGGGCGUCCAAGUUGUUUGCUUCUUGUUUUAGCAUGAAGUGCAUGGUAAUUUUCGCCCCAUAGAAGGGAAUCCAAGACAAUCUUGGAUUCUGGAUUCCAUACCGUGGAUUCCGGAUUGCAGGUACUGGAAUCCGGAUUCUUUGUCGGUGGAACUUGGAUUCCGGAUUCCAAUCAUAAUUGGAAUCCGGGGUCCUUAAGCUGUAUUCCGGAGUCCAAAGCCCAGUAUUCUGGAUUCCUCAAGAAAAUAAUGUCCCGGAUUCCGCAGUCCUCAUCAAGCAAGUGUUUCUCGGAUUCCGGAAUCCGUAUCCCCUUACAUGGGGCGAUAAUUUUCUCUGAAAUUUCGAAAGUGACCAGAGCUACGUUCACACACUGUGUCUGAGCGGCACUGGUGUGCCGGCACAAAAUCGUGUUGUGUGUAUGCACAUGCACACCUUGGGUAUCCGAUAUACUCAACUUUUUUCGGACACCAUUUUGAAACGUAAAGGUAGGAGGGUAACAGUAAACGUGUGCACACAGCUAGGACCUGGGGCCAAUAUGGGUCAAUUGUAUCCCUACAUUCGCGUCUUGUGCGAAUUAACUUGAAAAAACGAAUGCGUGUUUACAUUAUUACUCAGUGAGUUCCGUUCUCGGGUUAACGUGCCUUAGUGCAAGUGUGAACAUUGCUUAAACGUAUUUUUACGAUUUCAAAAGUGUGAAGGCAACUGUUGGGGCCGGCUUUAAGUGCCCUUGCACUCCUUACAAAAAAUCUAGCGGAAUGACAAACAAACGACAGGGAUCAACUGUAGUGUCCGCCUUAGAAAGAAGUCCCCGUUAAGCCUGGUUCACGUAACUAUACCGAACCAGGCUUACACAGAGUGUAGAAAAAACGUCUGAAAAAUGGCAUUGACCAAAUCGAGGUGUCGCUUUGGAGAGUUACCGAAACUAGGCUGGAGGGACCAACUCUACGUGUCCAUGAUGAGGGGUUUGUGCCUUGCAGAGUCAUGGGAAAUGACUAACGAACGGCGGGUGAGGUCUGUUUAAGAGAGGUGCCUGGUUAACUUUGUUGAGUGUUCUAUGAGGUAUGAAUUAUAUUUUUGGCCGGUUGUGUACCCCAUUCGAGAGUUUCAUAUUGGCAAUUCCUAACCUAAAAAUUCUUUGCCAGUAUUGUACCAUACUGAUCAUUCUGUAGAUAAUGACAGCAAAGGCUAUGCUUAACUUCACUUUCUGAUUUUCGCGCCCUAACUCGGAAUAAAAAAAGCACUCUCCCACUUGGGCUUUAUCUGAGCCUGACUCGCCCGUUUUGGGCCGAAUAACAAGUUUCAAAACUUUGCAAGACGUCGUGACCGGCCCACUUAUGUGCAGAAAUGCACGCAAUGGCGGAAAUGGGGAAAAUUUGUCAAAGUCUGGCGAAUAUGUUAUGGCAAAGCAAAGGGUUCCCAUUGAGAGUGGCGAUUUUGGCGAAAAUGGUGAUUUUGACGAAAAUGGUGAAUAUGGCGUCGAAGACCGGCCUCUCCUUUCUGUCAACGUGUGCGACUCCUUUUGCUUUUGACUAAGAGCCAUGCCGUGGCUAUAGCAAUAGCAGGAAGUCUUCUACUGGUCGACUCUGUUUCUUUCAUUUCUUUCAUUCCACUUAGCAAACGAAUUACAAUGACCGAGUCUCUUUAGGGAGUUGGAAAUAGAAUUAAUAAAAUUAGCUUCCAUUCCAAGAAUUCGGAAGCAAUAUAAAAAACACAUUGAAAACUAAUAUUUUAAACGUACUACAAGAUAAGUGCGAGUGAAAUAACAUUCUGAAGAUUCCGAUUAAAGUAAAAACAAACUAAUACUGAAGGAAAAAAACAAUGGAUAAACCGUUAAACUAGUUCUGAAGUAUGUUUAUCAGAAUGAUGCCAGAAAAAGACCGUAAAUUCAAGCAAAUAUACAACAGGGCACUUGUCCAGCUAUCUUUAGUCUUGACUGCUUGUUAUUACAUUUUUCACUAAAGCGUUAGAUCUUGUAUUUUGGUGCCGAGUUUUUCAAUCCUGUUUUACUUUCAACUGUUUUUAUGUGACAUGGUAAUUAAGGGUGUGAUCUUUGUAAUGUCUUCAGUAGUCUCACAAACGCGCAGAUAUCGCGAUAUUGUUUCCCCGAUCCAACUGAGCUUGAAGGACCAUAAAUUAGCGACUUGUAAAGAUGAAGAAGUCUUCAGAGUCGUGUGGAUCAACUUAGCUAAUGAUAAAUCACUUUUGGUUUUCGAAAAGUUACGUUUUAAGUUUGGAGAAUAGUAGACUGUUUCUUUUAGCCGUGCCCUUUUCUUUUACUAUCAAGUGGAUGGCACUUGGCCCUCCAAGCCCUAAUAUCCGCCUGCAAAUUCUCCAAACUGAUCUCCAUACAUUUCCUCUCAGAAGUUUUGAGAAAAUUUGUUCAAAGAUCAUUGAGCAUUUUCUUUUAGGUGAUCAUUUUAUUUAUUCCCACAAACUCUUCUUCUAAUUAUUUAUUGAUAUUGUUAGGAGAGAAUUGAUGUUGGUCACUUUUGGGACUUAUAGGAUUGAGAAACACCUGUUGAGUCUCCCUUGAGAAAUUCUUAUUGUAUUUUGUCAUAGUCCUUGCGAAACGUGUUCUUUACAGUACUGGUGGCUACCAGAAUUGGUUUCGUAACAACUGAAUCUAACAAUUACAUUUGUCACCCUCUUCAUUCAGCAGCGAUGCAUUCAAAGUAAACAAUCUGCUUUUAAUCAUUCAGUUUUAGGUCCGUUGCUUGUGAAUCCAUUCAUUAGCGAAGUGGUUAUUUUUAUUAAUUUUCUUGUUGGGGGUAGGGGGGGAGUUUGAAUCCUGCGUAUGUGACGAGUGAAAUGAAUUGGCGUACCAGCCAUCAAUAACUCCUCCUGCCUGUGGUAGACUGUGGUUUUCCCACGGCUCAUUUUCCCGCCACUGGCAUACAGAUAUAAUGAGUUUAUACACAAAUUAUCUACCCGUUCUAAAUUGCCAAUUAAGAUUAGCCUGAGAGUGAAGGCACAGAAACGUAGGUGACCAACUUUCCGCUCAAAAGAGGCUCUUAAUAUUGUGCGUGGGAACGCGCGAAAAGUUCUCAAGAACACAUUUCCAGCCGGUCGACCUAUAUUCGGUCAAGUAGCGUUUUACUUACCACACGUUUUAAGCCAGCUUAUGUUGUUUUGCAGGAAACUUAGAGAAAAGAAGGUUGCAGAUGAACAGAGCUGGAAAUUAGAGAUUGUACGGUAAGUCCUGAGUUAUUAUUUGGUUUGUGAUAAUUUAAGAUAAUGUCUGAGGUUGUUGAGUUAAUAAAGGGGCGUUUAAUACCUACACAAAGCUAAGAUCUGCAGAUAACGCUGUUUCGCGAUUGGUCAUUAAUUACUUUUCCUCCUCCUUUUUUUUUUUUUUCCACGGUGAAGUUUCAUUUCAAAAAACCUGAUUGUUGCAGUUUUCAGUACUGCCUUGUAUUCACCACGACUAAUCGCUGUUUCGCGAGUGGUCAUUAAUUACUUUUCCUCCUCCUUUUUUUUUUUUCCACGGAGAAGUUUCAUUUCAAAAAACCUGAUUGUUGCAGUUUGCAGUACUGCCUUGUAUUCACCACGACUAAAUUCUCACAUUGACUUAAACAAAUAAUGAAACGAAAUCCAAAUAAUUUCGGGCGGCAAUAACAACAGACAAAGAGACCACGUGGAAAAACUGCUGAAGAGGUUUCAUUUGAAUAGUUAUCCCCAACGAUCUCGUUCAUGGACUCAAAAGUAACAAAUAAAUUUCAUGUCUCCGUAAUUCUUCACUGAGUUCUUGAGUUCAGUCCAGCAUACUUCAAGCAGAGGGAGGCUUUGCUUCUUUUCUAUUAAAAAACGAUCCUAGCUUGUACGUUUUAGACCGCCACAGAAUUAUUUCCUAGCCAUGUUCGCUUUUCGUUCGGCAAUUCUGAGAAUUGAAUAUUAAAUUUGCACUUUUGUUGUCUCUAAGCCUUCUAUAUUUCGUAGUAUUAGUAGCAGUUAGCAAGCAAAGCUUUAAAUCUUAAUAACAUCCAUAUCUUCAAAAGUCAAGUGUUACUUAUACACAUUGUUUGCCCUUACUUUCGAUCGUAAGCUUUCUGAUUGUAAAUCGUGCCAACGGUUAAGCGGGAAUUUUCCCGCCAUCUAACUGUAAUAGACAGACAAGCUGGUGGCCAAAUUGUAUCACACCUGUUAUAAAACAACUCAAACGGGUGUUAUGAUAAUAGCCUUUGCGCACGCAUGUUGAGCUAUAUUCACCACUUAACUCCGUUUCUGAACAAAAAUCGUCGCGCAUUAUGUACUUUUUUUUCGUGGGCAUUCUUUAAGACAUCAGUGGAAUUUCGCCGUUGUUAAACUUGUUAAGUUACCAGUUUCGAACGAAGGCUGGAGGGUGAAAUCGUAAGUAUGACGAAAAAAUUUACAGAGGGGGCUAUCUAUAUGACGGAUAUUAUUUUAUUGAUAUCUAGGUUUUGAAAAGUGAAAGACAUUUAUAUAAUUUCUCACGGAGCGGAGCUAAUUAUAAACUCUGUUCUUAACCACGUAUGGUAACUCAAUGAUGUGUCGAAAACUACGAAUGUUAAAAACUUUUCAAAAGUUCGUUGUUGCUUUUUUCUUAUCUUUUUUAAUCUAUUACUAUUUUCAAUUUUUUUUUUCUUUUAUAAUUUGGUUUUUCAUUUAUAGGUUUAUUUUAUCAUUAUUAUUUUUUGACGGAAUAGGAUAACCCUAGAAAGCGAAAGCUAUUGCGAAGUCGUGGUCUCUUCCCGUUGUAACCAACUAUUUUAAAAAAUUCAAUCACUGAUUAACAUUUCGUUGACGCAACGUAAAAUACUGAUCAAGUAAAGAAAUAAAAUUCAAGAAGACAUUUCCUAUCGAAGUAAUAACUCUGACUACUAUUUUCUCACAGCAGGCGUAUUUAUUUGACCUAGUGAUUCGUUGCCUAAUGGAAAACAAAACAGUCUGUGCUAUACGGGUGCUCACCGGCAAACUUGGAAUUUCAAAUGAUUUCGGAGCGUCACCUCAGUUGACGUCAACUCGGCCAGUUGAGGCCAGUCAACCUUGACCGAAUGUUCUUUCUCGCGAGCGACCGCUCUAUAUGACGACGAAACAUUUUUCCGCUUUUAAUGGUCUUUAACGAGCUUUGGUAAUUCACACCAUCUAAUACUGUACCAAGAACCAAUCCUUGUUAUUCCACAAUGAUCGAUCGUGGCAGAGAAACUGCCAUUUUUAUAACACGCGCGAAACAAUUUUGACAGUUACUUACAUCAGCAAAUUUGACAUUGGCUGGUUCAUUUGUUUUUAUUAUCCGUGUGAUACUGUAGACAAUUUUUCUUGGUCUUAACCUUAGACCAAAAAAGAGAGGUAUGUUUUAAGUUUUGUUUUCAUGAAUGUUAUGCAACGGAAGUAGAGUGGAAAAUAUAUUUUUGACGUGUCUAAAUUUUCUGAUAAACUCGCUUUGUUUUGGAUCGUUGGUUGUACAUUUGAAUGUAUGCAAUCACCUAGAAGUUCCUGUUUUUCAAAUGAAUAUCAUAAGUAUUGAUCUUCUGCGUAUAAUAUUACACACUUUUAUGUUUCCAAUAUACUACUUUGAGCGAACAUGUUGGGGAGGCUGGCAACCAAUCGUCAUUUGUAACUGUUAAGCUAUAAAUUAUGAUAAUUGUGUCGUUUUAAUGACAGAGCAGAAAAUAUGCCCUGUUAGUUCAUGUUUUAACUUGCUUAUAUGUGUCAGCAGGCAGAUUUUAUUGAAGAUUGGUACUUUGUAAGUAAUUUUGUUUCAAUUUCACCCCGCUACCAGUCCUCGUUGCAGAAGCAUUUCGGUCCGUGCUCGUCUUAGUUCGGUAAGAAUUUUGUUCCUAACAAAUGAACGUUUUUCUGUAUUAAGAAUUUUCUCGUUUUGUUCGUUUCCUACAGGACAUAAACCUUUCCCGGGAGAAAAGAGACAAAUGUGCGAGGAAGCGCGCUCUCAGUGUAACAAAAUGGGCGAAGUAACAGUUAUGGAGGCGGACGUCGAUGUCGGUAACUCAGAUUUACCGCGUGAAAAUGCUGUCGUUAGAGAUGGUGAUAAUAACGGUGCAGAACAAACAAAAACAAUACAGGAAAGUUGUAAAACUGGAGAGCUUGUCACAGCGGUUGCAGACUGUGCUGUUAUUGACGAUGGGGAGGCGGAGGCCGAUGAAGGCACUUCGUUAGAUCGAGAAGCGUUAAACACAAAUGAUGCAGUGGCUGGUAACCACGAGCGACCCAUUGGCGACGAAUGCGCGGUGGAAAUUCAGUCGAGGGUAGAAAAUGGAGAAAGUGUUGUACAGGAAAGUGCAGAUACGCUUUGUGGGUCAGUAGACCUCGAAGACCUCACAGCGACCACUGACACUCUUGUAAACAAGGCAAGCGAAACACCCGAGAGCGUUUUCAUAGACGUGGAGGAUAUUACAGAAGACAAUGAUGAUAUAAGCAAAAACUCUGACACAAUAUCAACCCGAACGACAAUUAUAUACGUUUCAGAAGGUGAUAAUUCAGACUUAGAAACCGAUGUGUGCCGCAUAUGUCAUAGUGGCGACGAGGUAGAGAGUUUAAUAAGUCCUUGCUUGUGCACGGGCUCUGUGAAGUUUGUUCAUCAUACCUGCCUUAUGAGCUGGCUGCAGAGAGCUGUGAUGAGCAAAUGUGAACUUUGUCUUUAUCCCUUAGCGGUGAAACGAAGGAGGAAGCCUUUAUUGAAGGUAAGUACUUCACGUGUGCUGUAAAAUAUUGGACCUCACUCUUUCUGUGAUGCGAGCGACGUAACGUAUUACCCGCAGGUUAACUUCAGGCAACGUAGAGAUGAAGUUCACUAAAUUGAUAGCUUAAAAGCAUAAGAAAUAGGUGUUCGGGUAUUAUUAUCUUUUUUCGUUAUUUUAUUUAUUUAUUUAUUGUUAUUUUUCUUGUGCUUUUUCUUUCCUAAACUUGAGAGUUUUUUCUCGCGAAAAAGAACCACGUGGAAGUGAAGAACUAUUUAUUUUAAACUGUAAUUUUAGAGCGCUUGAGAUCUGCAAUUGUAGCCUAAUAAACAGCGGAUUAACUCUAAAUCCCAAUGUGUUCCCAGCUAAUAAACCCUAAUCUACUCGGGAUUUUUCAUGAAGUGGAUUAAGAUGACGAUCUGGGAGAACUGGGCGUGUACUUUGUACUUAAAUUUGUUAGUUGAGCCCCCUCUAAAGGAUUAAUUUUUGUUUUGAAAAAAAUUGUCUUCGGAGCUAACACCAACAUUAGGCAAGUUUUUAAACAUGGUAAACAAAGGCUCAACGCAACAGGUGUGCUUUUGUUUAAGGUCAUAAUAAAUUUUAUGUUUUGUUUAAAGUCUACUGGAAGCAAAGAGCUGUGGAAAGUUUAGGAUUUUGCAUUAAGUUGGUGUCAGGUUGUUUAUUACGUAAAUUGAUUUAAGCUGAGCUGACUUCUUAUGAGCAGCUUGACUAUCAAAGAGCGUUCACUUAACUGUUUUGCUAAAAUAAUUUGCACAGACCUUCAGGCACUAAUAUUAGGCAGAAUUGCGCCAUGAGGUCUUCGUACUUUAAAGACGGAAAUGAAGUCGACAAGGAAAAAGCUCAUAUUUUCCAAUUUUCAGCGAAAUGUUCACUUCAGAAAAGGCGCUGGAGGUUACUCAAAGGGUACCGCUAGUUCCUUCUUUCAAGCCUUUGAAGGGCCUUCAUUAUGUCGGAUUUUCUGAACGGUAACCGCAUUAUGCGUGACUGACCGAUUAACCUCUGGUUCUCAAGUACACGUUUUUGUGGGUUUUUCGUGUUUUACUUUCAGCAAAAGCCGCUUUUUUUGCUCCCACGAGAAUACAUUACAGCUUAUGUAAUUCUCUCAAAUCAUGCAGUAAUACUAUCUUUGGGAACGAAGUGGCAGUUUCGCCGGGCUAUAUCAAAUACGUUUAUCCAAGACAGGAAAAAUUUUUCUGGUAGUCAUGUACUGAAUGUCUUAAAAUCAGUUAGUGUCUUAAAAGCAGUUGAGCAGGCGAUGUUAGUCCUAAACCCUUGAUAAUUAUCAAUUAACCAUUAAGCAUACUCCAAUUCCCACUGUGUGGACACCAAAGAGAGAACAAACUGUCCGUGAUUUAGGUCCCUUGAGGAAAUGUAUGAAGCUUCAGGCAUGGGAACAGCUCACCAUAAAGAGGCCUGCACGCAUGGAGUUUCAACCUCCGUAGCACUGACUUUGCAAUGCACGUUUCGGAGUGAAUCAUUCUUUGUUUUAGUUAAGUGUUUAUUUGGGCCUCUGGUAUAGACUUGUCCACACGUCACCUUUUAGGUGAGGGGGGGGGGGGGGGGGGGGGGGCGACGACAUCGUGAUAAACCCAACCAAAACGGAUUUUGAGCAAGUCUACGCGUUCUGUAACCGUCUUUCGCUUUUGUUUCUUUUUCAGUGGCGUCUCCCAGAGGACAAACCUAUUCCUAUUGUAUGGCUUUUAACUUACGUUGUUGCGAUGACAGUGAACAUAGCUUCGUUAACCAAAGACGGGAGCCAGCGAUGCGUAUCAGACCCCUGCAUCAUAUUCUACGUGCUUGGGUCAGCGGGUGCGCUGCUGGGGCUAGCAUUUUUCUAUCGCUGGCUAAAAAAGACUGUACGCUACUUUGCGAGAUGGAUUGCGCUGAACCAGGAGUGGACUUUGGUGGGGCCUAUCGACUUACGAAACCAGCUGGGAGAGGCAAACCUUGCCUACUCUUUAAAGUCGCUCUCAGAGACGGAAACGAGACAAGAACAAAUUGCUUGACUUUUAAAAAUUGUUUAAGAUGCGUCUUGGGAAAAAUUCAAGUAUGUCUGGCGUCGUUCUGCGUUUGGUUAUGAUUUGGUUCGUUUCCCACAGACGAUAACCUCCGAAGCUAAAAGCAUAUUCAGCUACUCUUGAGCAGUCACUUGUUAUAUCACGUCAUGUUUUUGUUUCCAAGCAACGCCAGUGCUCUCCUAAAUUUCCUAUUGAUGAUCACACUGGACUAACACGUAUACGUGGUUCAAAUUAAAAGAAUUUCCUUCGACUGUUAUGAAGACUUAAGAGCGCUUAUCUGUACAGUUCAUACAAGAUACAUUAAAUCGAAGAAAUUUAAAGGAACAGUUAAAUUAUUGAGGAAAAAUAUAUACAUACCAAUAUAAGAAGAUAUUAUACAAUUUGAUGACAUUUUUAUAGUUAAAUAUUGUUUGAAUUAGUUUUAUUGAGAGG